AAAAAAAUUUAAAGGUAGAAAUAAGGGUUAGAAAGAAUGUUAGAAGAGUGGAAAGGAUAUUUUGAAUUAGGGGUUUCAUUAUGUCUUUAUGAAUGGCAAGUUCUUUCUAUGGCGGUUUCAUCGUGUUGGGGUGGAACGGAUAGUGGAGAAAAACGAGAUUGGUUAUGUGGAGUUCUAUGUGAAUUAGUGGAGAAUACGGGGUUAAUUUCGGUGGAGGAGGUGGAAGGGGUUAUUUUGCAAGUUAUGGAGGAUGAAUUUAAUGUAAUAGUUGAGGAUGGAUCGGUAGAAGAGGUAUCAAGGAAGAUUUUAAUGUUAUAUGAGAAAUGUAGGGUAGGGGAGGUGCGAGAGAUUGAGGAAUGGUAUGAAAGAUGGAAGAAGAAGCAUGUAAGACAAGGAUAGAAUGGUAAAGGAUGUAUUUUGAGAGGGGGGAUGAAAGGGAGGAUGAAAGGAAGGAUGAAAG